ACAGCAUCCAUUUUUGUGAAAGAACUUGUUCUACGGUUGUAGUGGUCAAGCGGCUCGCGUUAAAUGAAAAAAAAAGAGCUCCGAAAUAAAAGGAAUAGACAACAUAUUCCUGAAACACAGCCUAGAAAUAUUUCUGGCGCUCGUGUUUGGAUGCGAAUAAAAGCCGCGAGGCGCGCAUAUAUUUUGCCACCAGGUGGCACGAUCAUCGCAACCGGCAUGGCCACCCCCAUGUGAAAUUUCAAGUGGAGUUGUCGCGAUCACGAAGCGAUCUAAAAAUGAGCUGUUUCAUGAGGAUAUCGAACAGCGUCAGUAAUAUGCGCUUACUUUUUACAAAGAUGUCUCUCUCAGAGAGCGUUUGUACGGUAUCAGCUUCCAGUGUUCACACGCUGACGAGCGCCGAAAGUGGGAACCGCGAGGCGGUGUUGUCCAGGGCAUGCCCUCAAUCGCCACUUCACGUGUCGAGGCGUUACAGAAAUCGAAAGAUUUUAUCCUGGCCCACAGACUACCUUCCUUACGAAUGGUCCUACCCCCCUCCUAAGGACCUCAUUGCUGAAUCGGGAGACCACGUUCACAACACCGAUCCGAUAGAGCUCUCAACACCGAAGGACGGAUUUGAACUUUCGGAGGAGCUCCAAACGGCGUCUCCAGAAGUCAAGCGCUUGUUCAGUUUGGAACUUGCAUCAAUGUGGGAGAUCUUCCACGUCAAGAAAAAAAGAUUCGUCAAGUUGGUUCAGCGGCAUCCAUAUGACGAGUAUUCAAUGGAGUAUAAGAUUGCACACAAAACAUUUAGAAUUCGGAAACUGAAGGAGGUCUUGGCGACAUUUCCAAAGCGCAAGGAGGUCAAGACUGCUCUGUGCCACGCCAUCCACAGUCGCAACAAGCUGCUGAAGUACCUCCGCCGCUGGGACCGCGAGCGCUUCGACUUUGUCACCCAAAAGCUGCAAGUCAGCUUCACGCCGGCGCCACUCAACUGCCUGCCCCCCCCGUUCACAAAGAAGGGCGACCUAAGGCGGCUCACCAAGGAGUACUGCGCCAAGAUGAAACAGGACAAACUGGACGCCUUCCACGCCAAGCUGAUGGCAGAACGGGCGGACUUCCUGGAAGAGAAGCGCAAGACGGAGGAAUGGAUCCGCAGCGAGGAGGAGCGGCUCAAGCUGACAGAAGAAGAGCGCAAGUCCACCGAGUACGCGGGCAUCCUGAAGGAGCUCAAGCACGAAGCCUAAAUGGGAGGGUGACUCUCUUCUGCUUCCUAGAAAAAAUAAAGAUGUUGCCAGUCGGUCAGUUCUGCAUGGACA